GCCCCAAGGCCACCCCCUCCCCGCGGCUGUCUUAGUUUAGUUACUUGUUGGUUCCGACGCGCUCCCCGUGUGUGCCCGGCUUCCCUCGCUCAGAACCCGCGCGCGGCCCAGCCCAGCGUCCACCAUGCCGGUCAAAGGAGGCACCAAGUGCAUCAAGUACCUGCUGUUCGGAUUUAACUUCGUCUUCUGGCUCGCAGGAAUUGCGGUCCUCGCCAUCGGCCUAUGGCUCAGAUUUGAUUCUCAGACGAAGAGUAUCUUUGAGCAGGAAGAAAACAACUCUACUUUCUAUACAGGUGUUUAUAUCCUGAUUGGGGCUGGUGCCCUCAUGAUGCUGGUAGGAUUCCUGGGCUGCUGUGGGGCUGUACAGGAGUCACAGUGCAUGCUGGGAUUGUUCUUUGCCUUCCUUUUGGUGAUUUUUGCCAUUGAAAUAGCUGCUGCCAUCUGGGGUUAUUCCCACAAAGAUGAGGUGAUUAAAGAAAUCCAGGAAUUUUAUAAGGAAACAUACAACAAGUUGAAGGCCAAAGACACCCCCCCAUACAGGGACACCCUCAAAGCCAUCCACCAUGCGCUAAAUUGUUGCGGUAUGACUGGAGUUCUUGAUCAGUUUAUCACAGACACCUGCCCCCACCAGGACUUGGCCACAGCCAUAACUAUAAAGUCUUGCCCAGCAGCCAUUGAGGAAGUCUUCAACAAUAAAUUCCACAUCAUUGGAGCGGUCGGCAUAGGGAUUGCUGUUGUUAUGAUCUUUGGCAUGAUUUUCAGUAUGAUUCUGUGCUGUGCUAUCCGGAGGAACCGAGAAAUGGUCUAGAGUCUUUGCUUUCAACCCCUGAGCAGGAAAGUCUGCCCUCUAGAAUUGUUCUGUUUGUGUCUUUUGUUUUAUUUUGUUUUGUUUGCCACUAACUUUAGUAUUCAUUCUGCAUUUUUAAACGGACAAAGUUGUUCUAUAUUUGUUAUCUUUUUAAUGCCUUAUUUGAUACCGAUGUUUAUAGUUGAGGGUUUUUUGGUUUUUGCUUUUACGGUCAAAGAAAUCCUGCAAUGAAAGGUACUAUAUUUGCUAGACUCUAGUUAAAAAUAUUGUACAGAAUAGAAUAAAAGGACCAUGUUGGCCUUUAAAUAGAUUAAAAAAAAAAGUCUUAUCUCAGAUUUAAUCAGGAUGUAACUUAUGUUGAAGACAAUUUCAUACAUAAUAAAGAUUACGACAAUAA